AUGACAUUCAUAUCCUACAUUGCAUUUUCUAUUGUAUGCGUAAUAAUAUUAUUAAGCGAUGGCGUAUUAGCGCACUCUUCGAUGAAAUAUCCUCUUCCGCGUGGUCAUCCAUUAAACCCACAAGCACCAAAAAAAGAUUAUGCAUGCAUCACAGCACCACUCAACGGUGGACCUGACUGCCCUAAAAAACCGUUCCCAUGCGGUGGGUACCCAGUUGACACUAAAGUCACACAAGUUUUCCAUGCCGGGGAGGUGAUCAAUGUCAAAUUCUACAAUCCAAAUUUCCCCGGAAAACUAACGCCUGCGGACACUAAACGUGAUCAAGCUCGUCAUAAUGGUGGGCUUUGUGAGUUUUCCCUGUCUUAUGAUGGUGGUAAAAGUUACACGGUGAUUGCUACCUAUCAUCGAACAUGCCCCGAUAUUUUCUUUGAUUGGAAAGUGAAAAUUCCCGAAGCUGCUCCUUCUUGUGAUACGCGUGGAAAAUGUAUUUUCUCAUGGUCAUGGAUAGAUGCAAACGGGAAUCGCGAAUUCUAUCAGAAUUGUGCCGACGUGAAAAUUGUUGGUAAUGCGACAAAACCAUUGCCAGUUAUUGAUAUUACACGCGCGAAUUUACCACCAGAAUUCAAGAAAAUUAUCACACCAGUCGGAGAUCCAUCGAAUACGGACAAUGCAAAAGGAAGUGGCCCAUUACCGUCUGAUGUUUCUGCUAAUUUGGCAUUGCACAUCGGCAGUAGCGGCAAUGGAAAAUCAAAUCCAACUUCCUCUGCACCAAAACCAUCAAAUAAAAAACCAAAAGAUGGCAAGAAAAAUAAUGGACAUAAGAAAAGCAAAAAAAGCAGCAAAAGUUCAAAAAAAGGCAAAAAUAAAUCCAAUUAA